GACUUGUACCGGGGAGAAAGGGGACACGUACUCUACGCUGCAAAGUUGUAAAAGUAGUUUCCCUUGAAGUUUUUUUUUUUUUUUUUUAAUCCCCACACCACCAGUUCAGACUCCGUGCUUCCCCAGCCUGCGACCCCCCCACACAACCAUCAUGGCGAAGCGGUCAGGGGAGAAACCUCUGUUUUUGAGAACGAAUGCGCGCGCUGCUUUCCGGGAUAAACACCUUGGCUUGCACGGGGGCUUCGUGGCUUUUUCGCGGAGCUUCGUUUUAAUCUGCUUGGCACUUUCUGGUGGAUAUUGCGGAGCCGAGACGGAGUUUUCCAUCCUGGAAGAAGCGCAAGUUUUGGCCGAGCAGAUGAAAAAGCUGUCCUCUCAGGAGCUGGGAGUCUUCACUAUGCAGAGGAUUUUCAGCUCAUUUGUGUACACCGAGAAGACAUCAAACGGAGAGACAGAAGUGCAGCAGCUGGCCAAGAAGAUUCGGGAGAAGUUUAACCGAUACCUGGAUGUGGUGAACAGGAACAAACAGGUGGUGGAAGCCUCAUACACUGCCCACCUCACCUCUCCACUUACUGCGACACAAGACUGCUGCUCCAUACCAGCGUCGAUGAUGGAGUUUGAUGGAAACUUCAAUACCAAUGUCUCCAAGACCAUCUGCUGUGACAGACUUUCCCCCACCGUCAACAGCCGAGCUUUCAACCCCGGACGGGACCUCAACUCAGUGUUGGCAGACAACCUGAAGUCCAACCCGGGGAUAAAGUGGCAGUACUUCAGCUCAGAGGAGGGCAUUUUCACCGUCUUCCCUGCCCACAAGUUCCACUGUAAAGGAAACUACGAGCACCGCAGCAGGCCUGUGUACGUGUCUGCAGUGCGUCCACAGUCUAAACACAUUGUGGUUAUGAUCGACCACGGAGCAUCUAUAGCUGAUACCCAGCUUCAGAUCGCCAAGGACUCGGCACUGGUCAUCCUCAAUGCCAUAGAUGAGCACGACAAGAUCUCCAUCCUUUCGGUGGCAGAAACCGUUCGCUCCUGCUCUCUAGACCAGUGUUACAAAAGUCUGCUGUCUCCAGCCACCAGCGAGACCAAAAGGAAGAUGAGCACCUUUGUGUCGAACAUCAAGGCGUCUGAUGGAGCCACGCAGCACGCAGCUGGCUUCGAGAAGGCCUUCCAGCUGCUCCGAAACACCAGCAGUCACAGCAAACAGAGCGCGACAGACAUGGUCAUCAUUUACCUGUCGUCCGGUAUCACCUCUCGAGAGUCAUCAGAGCUGGUGAAGAGAGCCACGCUCAGUGUGAUCCGACAGGAGAACCGGCACCUCAACAACUCAGUCAUGAUCCUCACGUAUGCUCUCAUAAAUGAGGGAGUUACAAGCCUGAAGGAGCUGGCCUUCCUGAGGGACCUCGCAGAGCAGAAUUCGUUGAAGUAUGGCGUCGACCAAUCAUCCGACCGAGACCGCUCGUCCGGGUCAGCUGGAGCUUCCGUGAUGCCGGUGGUGAAGGGCAGCAUGAUGGUGCUGAACCAGCUGAGCAACCUGGAGACGGCAGUGGGCCGCUUUUACAUCAACCUGCCCAAUCGCAUGAUUGACCUGGCUCGCUUCAGCCUGCCCUACUCUGACCCGAUGGGAGAUGGGUUUAUCAUGACUGUGAGCCGGCCAUGUUAUUUUGGUAACCUGCUCCUGGGAGUGGUCGGGGUGGAUGUGAACCUGGCGUACAUCCUGGAGGAUGUCACGUAUUAUCAAGACUCCCUCGCGUCAUACACCUUUCUCAUUGACAACAAAGGUUACACCCUGAUGCACCCCUCACUGACACGGCCCUACCUGAUGACAGAGCCUCCCCUGCACACAGAUAUUAUCCACUAUGAGAACAUCCCAGGGUUCCCUGCUGUCCGGCAGAAUAUCCUCAGUCUCCCUUUGGGCAGUCAGAUCAUUGAAGUGCCUGUUAACUCCUCUCUGUCCUGGCACACCAACCGUCUCAGAGACAACCGCAAGGAUGCGUACAAUGUCAGCUACGCCUGGAAACUGGUUCAGGACACUUCGUUCAUCCUGUGCAUUGUGUACAUUCAGCCGGAGAUUCCAGUGAAGCAGCUGAAGAACCUGAACACAGCUCCCAGCUCCAAGCUGCUCUAUCAUCGUUUAGACCUGUUGGGCCAGCCAAGCUCCUGCCUGCACUUUAAACAGCUUGCCACUGUCGAGUCCCCGACUGUGAUGUUGGCAGCUGGUAGUUUUUCUUCUCCCUAUGAGCACCUAAGUCAGCCAGAAACAAAGCGAAUGGUGGAGCACUACACUGCCUACCUGAGUGAUAACACCAGGCUCAUAGCCAACCCAGGCCUCAAGUCCUCUGUCAGGAACGAGGUUAUGGCAACUAGUCACGUUACGGAUGAGUGGAUGACACUAAUGGAAAUGAGUAGCCUCAACUGCUACAUUGUGCGCCGUUACAUAGCAACGCCCAGUGGGGUGCUCCGGAUUUACCCAGGAUCGCUGAUGGACAAAGCCUUCGACCCGACCCGCAGACAAUGGUACCAGCAUGCUGUGGCUAACCCUGGCCUCAUCACUUUCACGGGGCCAUACCUGGAUGUGGGCGGGGCCGGAUACGUUGUCACAAUCAGCCACACCAUCCAUGCCUCCAGCUCUCAAAUGGCACCUGGCUAUGCUGUUGCAGUGAUGGGUAUAGAUUUCACCCUUCGCUACUUCUAUAAGGUCCUACUGGACCUGCUACCCAUCUGCAACCAGGACAAAGGCAACAAGAUCAGGUGCUUCAUCAUGGAGGACAGAGGGUACCUGGUUGCUCACCCUACUCUCAUUGACCCCAAAGGUCAUGCCCCUGCAGAGCAACAGCAUAUCACACACAAGGAACCACUGGUGGCCAAUGACAUCCUAAAUCACCCUAACUUUGUCAAGAAAAACCUCUGUAACAGCUUCAGUGACCGCACAGUCCAGCGCUUCUACAAGUUUAACACCAGCAUAGUGGGAGACCUCACCAACCUGGUCCAUGGUAGCCAUUGUUCCAAAUACCGUCUGACCAGAAUCCCUGGCACCAAUGCCUUUGCCGGCAUCGUGAAUGAGACGUGCGACUCUUUGGCGUUCUGCGCCUGCAGCACAGUAGACCGGCUCUGUCUCAACUGCCACAGAAUGGAGCAAAAUGAAUGCGAGUGUCCAUGUGAGUGCCCUCUGGAGGUCAAUGAAUGUACAGGCAACCUCACCAAUGCUGAGAACAGGAACCCCAGCUGCGAGGUGCAUCAAGAGCCCGUCAGUCUGAAUGUGAUUGAUCCCAGCCUGCACGACACACUGCCCCAGUGUAUCAACACCCGCUGUAGCCAGAGAUACACCAGCAGUGACUGUUUCGGCGUGUUGGACUGCGAGUGGUGCAUGGUGGACAGCGAUGGAAAGACUCAUCUCGACAAGCCGUACUGUGCCCUGCAGAAGGAGUGUUUCGGGGGCAUUGUUGGUGCUAAAAGUCCCUAUGCGGAUGGCUUGGGACUUAUGGAUGAGGAAGUAGCCUCUUUGAACAUGAUCAAGAGCGCCCCUGUGGGUCCAGUCGCUGGGGGUAUUAUGGGAUGCAUCAUGGUGUUGGUGCUGGCUGUGUAUGCAUACAGACACCAGAUCCACAGGCGCUCGCACCAGCACAUGUCUCCGCUGGCUGCACAGGAAAUGUCAGUGAGAAUGUCCAACCUUGAUAAUGAAAGAGAUGAGAGGGAUGAAGACAGUCACGAGGACAGAGGAAUCAUCAGCAAUACUCGAUUUAUAGCUGCGGUGAUCGAGAGACACACUCACACUCCCGAGCGGAGACGGAGGUACUGGGGGCGGUCUGGGACAGAGAGUGAUCACGGCUACAGCACCAUGAGUCCACAGGAGGACAGCGAGAAUCCGCCGGGAAACAACGACCCGCUUUCAGCCGGCGUUGACGUCGGCAACCACGACGACGACCUGGACCUGGACACGCCCCCCCAGACGGCAGCGCUGCUCAGCCACAAGUUCCACCCCUACCGACACUCGCACACGCACCACCACCCACUGCACACGCAUACGCACCACCUGCAAGCGGCGGUGACCGUGCACAGUGUGGACGCAGAGUGCUGAUCGGCAGCGUGGCGUUCGCCCUCCCAAAAGGGGGAGUUUUGUUUUUGGUUGGGGGUUUUUUAAAAACUGUUUAAAAAAAACAAAACAAAAACAUUUGUGCGUAAGGAAAGAGCGCACAUGGAUGGAGGGAGACACCACAGGUAGACCUGGUAUCUCUUUGCCUCUUGAGACUUCUACCCUGAAUUAACGAUGCUUCAAGAUCUCAUUGUGCCAACAUCUCAGUCUCAAGCCCUCUUUCAUUUAACCACAUUUAAAACCGGGCACAUUUACACUGUUGUUACAUAAACUGAAAAUGAACAGACCUGGGUCAGUGGAUGUAACCAAAUGGGAUUCUCUGUUAUUUUCUGAAGGACACAAGAGCACAUCACAGCCUUCAGAAACAAACAAAAAGCUGUGUGCACCAUUUUUUUUAAUUUUUUUUGGCCUUCACUGAUGACAGGACACAACUGGAAGCUAAAAGCCUUGAAGGAGGACAAGGAUUAUUAUUCUACAGGACCAGUGGAUCUAUUGCAGUACAAACACUCACAUGGACCCUUUUUUGAACAGGGCCAAAUCCCAAACUCCAUGUAGGGUUGUUCAGUACGGGAAGAACAGCACUCCUUAUAAUUGUGGAAACUGUGGAACAUCACCGGUGGAGAGUGAAAGUACUGUGAUUUGAACAGAGAACUGGAUCUAGUGGGAUUCUAACAUGGCCUCUAUUUCAACUGUACUCUCCUUAAUUCUGCAGAAUAAAGCUCUGGAGUUUUUUGUUUGUUUUUUUUUUUCCUCUCUGUCUUUUCUGAAAAGCGGCGGUCUUCAUCCAAAGCAGCGGCUGCUGGUCUCUCGCGGCAGUGCGGGACGACAUCUGGACACUUUCAUGAAUGUUUGUGAACAUCAGAGUAGGAACAAAAGCUUCAACAGUGACAGAAACACAAGAAGAAACACUUUAAAGAGGAGAAUAUUAUUUUUCUACUAUUUAUUAAAGGUAGAUUUUCAAGACAGGAAAGCAGCACAAAAAAGACAGCAGUCAGGGUGCGUGAGACACAUCGGCCCAUUUCCUGCAACCAGUGCAUUAAUAUUGGGGUUCCAUUAUUUUCAUUUUUUUUUUUUUCCUUAAAACAUCUGUGAAUUUAUUUUGGGUUUUAAUAAUAUCAGCAGCACAACAGACUAUGGGAUAAUUUUUUUCUUUUCUUUUUCAGCAGACUGAGGGAUUCCAGUGCAGCUCAUUUGCAUUUUCUUUCAAAUGUUCUUUUUACUUUCUGUCAGCAGGAGCAUUAUUCAAAUAAUCUCCUCCCCUGGAUCCCCCUUCUAAGUGCACUCAGUGGUCAGUGUGUGAUGUACACUUGUCCAGUCAAAGGGAUCUAAUACAACAGUCCUCCCAUAAAGUCUGCUUUUAGCAGUGACAUUUCUCCUCCUCAUGUAUACAAGUAGGGAGGACAAAAAAAAUUAGAAACACUUCUCUUAUCAUGGCAUCACCAAGUCAGCAUUUAGAGCUUUUUAAAAGAUCGGUGUUAAGGCCGGGCUGUUGUAUUGAUGGAUUUGCAUUGUGCUGUUCUGUGCUGUUCCCUGUUUUACCACAGCCUUUUAUCCAUGAGGGCAAGCUUAUACUGUGUGUAUGCUAAGGUUGGGUGUGCUGGAUUUAUUUUUUUUUUAUAUAUAUAAAAACGGAAUUAAAUUUCCACUCAAGAUACCCAAGAUGGAGUCUCCUCUUCAUCACAGAGGGUAAAGGAGAUGCUGCUGCUGUUGUACAGAGGCUACACCCCAUCUGUCAGCUCCUCUGUGGUUAACCACUCAAAACGUAUUUUCUAUGUGUGUGUGUGAGUGUGUGUGUGUGUGUGUGUGUGUCUCCGCCUUUUGUGCACGUCAUGAAAGAAUGACUAUACACCAGGAACAUUCUCAUUGAAUGCAUUAUUUUUCAACAUAGUAUUAGGGAAUUAUAGGUGAAAUUAUUAUGAUCGAGAAAUCCACUUAUUUUUAUUCAGAUGAAGAGUCAGAUGACCCGAUCUGUGCUUUGUGAGUUUGAUUGUUCAGCUGAUCAUCAAAUCAUGUCGGUGCGGCAUCCGUGUCUUGUCUUUUAUCUCCCCACCCCCCCAUCCCUUUGCGGGUGCACAAAUGUUUAUUGUUCUUCAGAGAUUCACUAUGAAGUGUAAAUACAGAAUCACAAAUGGCUAUUAAUAACCUGUACACUCCAUUGUGUUAUGUUGGUAAGACAUGUAAGCUUCAAAUGAUGCUCUGAUAUUUGGGUUGAUAUGUUCUGUUCAUGGUGUCUGUUUCUCUUCUUUUUUUUUUUUUUUUUGAUGCCUUGGAUGUUUGUUUUUUUUUUUUGUUUGUUUUUUUUAGGGUUAUUUUCCUUUAGGUCCAUAUUGGAUGGAAUCAGUACUUGGAAAACUGAAUGCACACUUUUAUGUUUGAGAGACUUCUAGUUUUCAAAGGUUUUUAUCGUGCCUCUUGGAGAUGCUAAAGAAAACUUCUCUCUCGUGAGCUCGUUUAGGUUCGACACACAGCAGUACUGCAGCUUUUCACUCACUAAUGACCAAUCCAGCUUCCUUGUAGUGGGUUAGAGUUUAAGCCGUGCUACUUUCAACCAUAUUCAUUUACAGUCGUUUUAGUGUGUUUGACACUCGAGAAGAAUAUUUACAUUUGCACAUUCAGUGUGAGCUCAUUAAACUUUCAUCUGCACAAGUGCUAAAUAAUCUGAUGGCUCCGGUGGAGCUGACACAUUACCACGUGCUGGUUUUGUCUCGGUUGCUUGUUCACGUUCUGACGAGUUCUUUUUUUUUUUUUUUUUUUUUUUAAUCACACUGGGUUUCAAGUUCCACUCGUGACCGGGAAAACUUUCCCAGCUCGAAAUGCCAUCAGAUUUCCACACCUGCAGUAAUUCAGUAACAUAAACAGUAACUGAUUUUCCAAAUUGUCCCGUUUCUGCGACUCUCUAAGGUACAUCAUUUCAGCUCAGUUGUUGUAGCAGGUUUUAGAACAAAUGCAGUCAACCAGUAUUUUUCUAUGAGUGUGUGUUGGAGCAAUUUUAUUUUCUCAAAAGUGAGUUCACCAUUAAAAGUUUAUUUUCUAGGAGAGUUUUUAAUCAGUAUUUAGCAGCUGUUGUAAACAAGUAUAUAUACAGAACACUCUAAAAUGCAAAUAAUGUACUGAAGGAACAUGUGUAUGUCAACCCCCUCUCCCCUCAUGUAUCAUAUAAAGUUAUCAAAUUGAGAUUUAUUGCAAUGUGAAUGUGAUAAAGUCCAUUUUACACCUGAA